AUGAGCACUGUCCUCCACCUAGGUGCUGGAGAGCACCCCCUGACCUUCUGCUACCAGGUGAAUGGGUCUUGCCCCAGGACUGUCCAUCCUCUGGGCAUCCGGUUGGCCAUCUACCUGGCCUGUGCAGCAGGCAUCAUUAUUACAGUCCUAGGAAAUUUGUUUGUGGUGUUCACUGUGUCCUACUUCAAAGCACUUCACACUCCCACCAACUUCCUGCUGCUUUCUCUGGCCCUGGCUGACAUGCUCCUGGGUCUGCUGGUGCUGCCACUCAGCACCAUCCGCUCAGUGGAGAGCUGCUGGUUCUUCGGAGACUUCCUCUGCCGCCUGCAUACCUACCUGGACACCCUCUUCUGCCUCGUCUCCAUCUUUCAUCUCUGUUUCAUUUCCAUUGACCGCCACUGUGCCAUCUGUGAGCCUCUGCUCUAUCCCUCCAAGUUCACUGUCAGGGUGGCCCUUAGGUACAUCCUGGCAGGGUGGGGGAUGCCAGCAGCUUACACCGCCUUCUUUGUCUACACAGAUGUAGUUGAGCGAGGGCUCAGCCGGUGGCUGGAAGAGAUGCCUUGCGUGGGCAGUUGCCAGCUGCUGUUCAAUAAGUUCUGGGGCUGGUUGAACUUCCCUGUGUUUUUUUUCCCCUGCCUCGUCAUGAUCAGCUUGUAUGUAAAGAUCUUCGUGGUUGCUGCCAGGCAGGCCCAGCAGAUCAGCGCCUUCAACAAAAGCCUGGCUGGGGCUGCCAAACAUGAAAGAAAAGCUGCCAAGACCCUGGGCAUCGCUGUGAGCAUGUACCUCUUGUGCUGGCUUCCCUUCACCGUUGACACGCUGGUGGACAGCCUCCUUAACUUCAUCACACCGCCACUGGUCUUCGACAUCUUCAUCUGGCUGGCUUACUUCAACUCGGCCUGCAACCCCAUCAUCUAUGUCUUUUCCUACCGCUGGUUCAGGAAGGCUCUGAAACUCAUCCUGAGUCAGGAGAUCUUCUCACCUCGGACACCCACUAUUGAUUUGUACCGAGAAUGA